UAACUUUGAAAGCCAAAAAGUAUUAAACAUUGUUUCUAUUACCAACGGGGAAUUUUGACUUGAUAAGAACGUCUAAUGGUCGAGAGUAACUCGAAAAAAAAUCCUACCAUGGGUUUAUCACCUACUCGGGUUUCAAUGAAAAUGUCCACACCCAUGUUCUAGUGUGAAUCACAUAACUUUUUUUGAUUUCGCUAAAGAUAGAAACCACUCCAUGCCAGCCUGCUCAAUCAAUAUGCAUGAAUAAGUUGCACAAAUCCCCGAAAAAUUAUUGGACACCAGUUACUUUAGUAGGUCGCUUUGAAAGUCUCUAAAAUACUCACGUAUUUCUUAUCAAAAGUCAGACAGAUUGUGGAAGUAAAACAGCAAAUAGCAAUUGAGCGAUACGUGGAAAAGCGGGAAAACACAAGGGCAAGUACAAGCGAUCUAGGCGAUAUUUUGCCAUAUUGAUAAGUGUUAAACUUAAACAAGCGUUGGCCAUCGGCACGCGUCCAGUGUUUGCCAGUCCGUCCAAUGGUUAACAGCUCCUAAAAUUAGCAAAUCAAGAGCACAAGAGUUAUCGAACAGCAGCCAUAAAAUAACAUUCGUCUACACCGGAAAGCAAUUAAGUAAUCAGUCCCAAUAAUGUCGCAGUUGUACGAACUUUCGGAGGUGGCGCAAAAUAAUGGCAAGAAUGGCAAACCCUGCUGGCUGAUCAUCAAGGGAAACGUCUACGAUGUGACCAAGUUCCUCAGCGAACAUCCUGGCGGCAGUGAAGCACUCCUCGAAUACGCCGGCAAGGAUGCCACCAAGGCCUUCAAACAAGCUGGCCACUCAUCGGAUGCCGAAAAGGAUCUUAAGAAUUACAAAAUCGGUGAAAUAAACUCGGCGACGCCCAUUCAAACCCAGCCCACGUCCAUUGGAGCAACGAAACCAGUGGAGAACACAAUAACAGAACAUCCGGAACCGUCGAAGAAGAGCUCUUCCGGUUUCUGCUGCUGCUAGUCAUUUAGUUUUACAUGUCAUUUAAUUGAUUUAUUAACAUAGGCUGAGGUCGUAUUUAAUUUAACGUAAUUAACUUGUAACUAGGUUUAGGUUCAUCUAAUUAUAUCUACGCAACGUCAUUGUGCCCACAAAACUAUCCUAUAAAGAUCAACUCUGCUUACCUCGA